CCUCGUCCCUGGUGUCUCACACUGGAUCUUACUACAAUUGCUCUCUGGCACGUAUUGGGGCCGCAAGAAACAGAAUUUUUUUCACUUUUAAUAAUCACACUUCACCGAACAGCACGGCGCAGCGUCGGGUCUCGAUCUCAAAUACCACUCGCCUACGUUUCCGUCAGCGACAGCCUCAAAAAUGAAUAUUGAAGCAGCUCCCGAUGCCGGUGUGAGGGCGUGGAUGCAAGUCUUCUGCGCCUGGCUUGCCAUCCUUAACACCUGGGGAUUCGUGAACGCCUUCGGAGCUUUUCAAGCCUACUACACAAGCGUUCUGCCGGAGUCGCCGUCAGCCAUCUCAUGGAUUGGUAGUACGCAGGCGUGCCUGAUGUUUGCUGUGGGCACAUUCUCAGGAUACGCGCUUGACGCUGGCUUGUUUCGCACAACCAUCCUGCUCGGCAUCUCUCUCCAGCUUCUUGGCAUCUUCACGAUGAGCGUCGCAAAAACGUACUGGCAAUUGCUUCUCACGCAGGGCAUUUGCACCGGCUUGGGAGGUGGCAUCUUCUUCGUGCCGGUCAUGGGGCUUGUUAGUACGUACUUUGCGAAAAAGAGGGGGUUGGCACUAGGCCUCGUGACGACCGGAACAUCCGCAGGCGGCCUCAUCUAUCCGGUCGUGGUACAACAGCUGAUAGACAAAGUUGGCUUUGCCUGGACGGUCAGGGUGCUUGGCUUCAUGAACCUGCUCAGCCUGGCGAUUGUAAUAGCUCUCAUGAGACCGAGGUUGGCACCGCGGCCCAGGGCACCGCUUAUCGACAAAACUGCGCUCAGAGAUGUGCCGUACAUCUUGCAUUCCCUUGGCUUAUGCAUGCUGAUGCCUCCGGUCUACUUUGUCUUCUACUAUGUGGCUUCCUUUGCUAGAGACGAGCUCGGCAUGAGUUACACGGCAUCUCUCAAUCUCGUGAUCAUUCUGAACGGUGUCGGUCUUCCGGCUCGUGUGAUCCCCGGCUACGUCGCAGAUCGUUGCAUUGGAGUGCUGAAUACAUUCGCGCUCUGUCUGGUAGCCAACGUAGUCAUCUUGUGGUGUUGGCUAGCUGUAAAGUCCAUCCCCGCAUAUUAUGCGUACAUUGUGGUGUAUGGGUUGUCCGCUGCUUCUUUCCAGUCUCUGUUCUCUACCACAAUCGCAGCAUACUGCCACGACAUCGCGAAUAUUGGCACCAGGCUAGGUAUGGCCUUUACAGGAAUGGGAGUCGCGACUCUUGUUGGGGGCCCAAUUUCGGGAGCUUUACUGAAGAUGGGCGGAAGCUAUGUCGCGCCGAUCUGCUGGAACGCUGCUCUGAUGGUUGUUGGAACUGGACUUGUGGUCGCAGCUAGAGUAUGGGAGCACGGCUGGGGAUUGGCGACUGUAUGUUGAUGCGAUAAGUGGGGCACGGUUUGAAAGGAGCAAGGAUGCUCAUCGGAGGUGCAAUCAAGUAAUCGCAUGUCUCAUGCACAAAGGCUCGUACUUUCCGACCGAUCUGUCAGUAUUGCAACAAUGCUACCCUGUCUAAUGCAGUGAACCUUGUCC